CCGUGUGUACCGGGCUUUACGGAGGUCGGAAUUACGAUUUACAAAGUAUUGAGGAUUUAAAAUAAAGAUUACAGAUAGAGACUGAUUUUAGUAAAAAUUUAUUUAUUAAUGGUGACUGUAAUUAAAUGAUUGGCUUCAUUGCAUGAAACCCAUGCAGAUCAUUAGUCAAAUAAGAUCCCAUAAUAAUAUUUAAAAAUGCCAUUGACUACAAGACAGAGAAGUAUCCACAAUAAAAAUGGUACUAAAAGGUCGGCAAGUAUAGGCAAAGGUAAAAGGCCAAGGAAAUCAAGCGAAGGAGAAUAUUUAGUGACAAAUGUACCUUCAGAUUUACGUAGCAUAUCCUACCCAGGUGGUGCUGUUGCACUGGCAUUGUUAAUAAUUGCUCGGCUAAUAUCUGCAUAUUGGGGACAUAUAGCAGAUUGUGAUGAAACAUAUAAUUAUUGGGAGCCCUUGCAUUAUUUAGUCUAUGGUAGUGGCUUACAAACAUGGGAAUAUAGUCCAAUUUAUGCAAUAAGAUCUUAUGCAUCACUAUGGCUGUUUGCAAUCCCUGCAAAAAUACUUUCAUUGUUUAUGACACCUGUCAGUGUUUUUUACUCUUUGAGAGCUAUACUUGCUGUGCUUACUGCCUGUGCGGAGCUCAUGUUUUAUAAAGCUGUUUGUCAUGAGUUUGGUGUUCAUGUAGGCAGAGUGUGGUUAUGUUUCACUCUGCCUGCUGCGGGAUGUUUUGCAUCAUCAGCAGCGAUGUUGCCGUCUGCCUGGAGUUCUGCACUUGUUUCUGCAGCUCUGGCUUGCUGGUGGAGGAGGAGAUAUGUUGCUGCUGUAGCAUUCACAGCAGCAACCACAUUACUGAGUUGGCCGUUCACUGCAUUACUGGGUAUACCAAUUGCCAUAGAUAUAAUAUUGAUUAAAAGACAAUACAUUGAUUUUGUGAAAUGGUCUGUUCUGUCUUUAAUAGCAAUUCUAUUUCCAAUUGUUAUUGUGGAUUCUUGGUAUUAUGGCCGCUUGGUGAUUGCCCCAUGGAAUAUUGUGGCAUAUAAUAUCUUCACUGAGCACGGACCUGAUCUGUAUGGUGUUGAACCGUGGACUUAUUAUUUUGUCAAUGGAUUCCUCAACUUUAAUAUUGUGUGGGUGCUGUCACUGUCAUGUCCUCUGCUCCUGGUGUCGUGUCACGCGAUAUCGUCUCGCUCGACGUCGCGCGCUCCGUUCUGUUGUCCAUACUGGCUUAGUCUAGCUCCCCUCGUACUUUGGCUGAUGGUCUUCAUGCUGCAACCACACAAAGAGGAAAGAUUCCUGUAUCCAGUGUACAGUAUGAUAGUACUGACCGGCGCAAUAUCCCUCGACUGUUUGCAAAAGAUGACGUUCGCGAUAGGGACAGAGCUAUUCAGAUGGCGCAAGGAGCGAGAGAGACGCCACUACUUAUCCUACACCGGCAUACUAGUGGUCAUGUGUGUUUUCAUCGCGUCUGUCGCCAGCAUAUGCCGCAUUGCUGCAUUGUACAACAACUAUCACGGCCCGAUGACCAUCCUCCGUCACUUGCCCGACGCGUCGCGAGAGACUAUUGUGUGCUUUGGGAAGGACUGGUAUCGAUCGCCGUCUAGUUUCCACUUGCCUUCCAACUACCGGAUCAGAUUCGUACACAGCGAGUUUGAAGGACAGCUGCCGGCGCCUUUCAGCGACACUGCUAAUGCUACCCGCAUAAUCCAUCCGUACUUCAACGACAUCAACAAAGGCGACAACACCACAUACACCCAUCCAUCCGACUGUCACUACCUCGUGGACUCGGACAUCAGUGAACCCACGCCCCUGCAGCCGCACUACCACAACCAGAACCACUGGGACACCAUUGCUUCUGUGCCGAUUCUGAACGCGGAGAGGUCCAGUCGAGUAUUUAGAGCGUUCUAUGUGCCGUGGGUUUCGCGGCAGAAGUUGGUUUAUGCGAAUUUAUAUUUGUUGAAGAAUAAUUUGAUUGAAUAGUUCUAUAAUAGGCACUGUUCUACUUAAUAACUUAUAGGGCCUAUAGACUUACAAUCAACUAGGGCAUAGACAAAGCAUGCGGUAGACAUAAAAAAAAAAAACGUGAUAACUGCAAUAAUUAUUCUAGUCACGUAAAUUAUUUGUGAAAAUAGGAAGUACCUAGACUAACUAAUAUAAUAUUAUAUUUAAUAUUCUUUCUAUUAUAAUAUUUAUUGUGUAUAUUUGUAAAAAAAACCGACUUCAUAAAAGUAUAAAAUAACACACCUCUUAUGCAAACCUAAUACCCUUCAUAUUGAUAAAACACUAUUAUUUGUAUUACCUAUAGGUUUUAAUAUGGUGUAAAUCGGAUCGUAAAUCUCAGCGUAAUCGGUGAACAAAAACCAGUCGAAUCGAGAACCUCCCCCUUUUUGAAGUCUGUUAAAAAAUGGGUACAUGCUUACUGCAGCUAUAAUUCGUUUUUAAAUGUGAAUAUAUUACAUCGGCUCUCCGUAAUUUGAAGCAUUGAACUAAUUCACCGUUUAUUAAUUAUCCAAAAAAGCCUUAGAUCAUUUUAUACAUCUAGAUUCUAGAUAAACUAUGACAGCGGGAAAACGUCGAAAAAACUGAGUUUAGAACUAAUCUCUAUUUUGAGCAAUUCACGCAAUCUAACACAAAGUGUCAUAUAAAUCUCGAGUGUAAGGCGUAGCUUUUCGCGAUAACGCCCCCUUGUGGUGUUUGAGACUUUUGGGUGGGCAAUAGAAGACGAAAAUAUUAUAUCAUAUAUAUAAUUAUGUUGAACAAUAUAUUAUUUUACUAUUACUUGGUCUAGACCAUACUUUCUCAACCUUAUUUUGCUCACCGCCCACUUUGAGAAUAUGUUUUUUUCUAGAGUAUAUUCCUGUAUUUUUUUUGCCUUUUUAGACUAUUAUUAUUUUUUAAUCUAUCCACGCCCCAUCUGCGCCAUCUGCGCCGUCUCAAUGCCCCCUUAUUUUCUCUGGGUCUUCUACUGCCCCCCCCCCCGAAAGUAUCAAACACCCACAAGGGGGCGUUAUCGCCCACGUUGAGAACCUAUGGUCUAGACGUAUAAAAUAUCUAAGAAAAAAGUAUCACCAGUGAAUUUAUGACAGCCUACACCAGUUAUAAUGGAACUGUAGCGUAUUUUUCAGUCAGAGUCACGCUCCUUACAAUAGACUCUGAAGUCUUCAUCUAUACUAUAAUAUUAUAAAGCUGCAGUGUUUGUUUGUUUGUUUGAACGCGCUAAUCUCUGGUACUACUGGUCCGAUUUGAAUGAUUCUUUCAGUGUUGGGUAGUCCAUUUAUCGAGGAAGGCUAUAGGCUUUUUGUUUUUUUUUCAAAAUUAGGGAUCCGUAAUAAAAUUGCUAUUUUGUAACACAAGGUGUAAAAUCGAAAACCUAUUUUUGCGUGCGCUGCAAAAACUAUUGACAAUAGAACAAAAUGAUGUACAGGCUAUAAUAUAGGCAAUAUUUUAUUACUUAUAAAACUAUCGCGUGAAUUAUACUUUAUAUGGCAAAACAACGUUUGCCGGGUCAUUAUUUAUAAAAAGUGUUGCGAUAGCGUAUUAUGUUACGCGUGUUCUUUUAUUUUUUCUUUUGUCCUGAGUGUACGCAGACGAAGUUGCGGGGUAUCAGCUAAUAUAUAUAUAUUUAUGAUAGGAUGGUCGAAGUGUAUAAAAAAAACGAUUUCGUUUUACUCCAUAUAUACCUACCGCUAACAGACGUAUUUUGUAAAACAAUAAAAAUAUUUGAUUUUUUGACAUGCAAGGUAGUUUAGAGCGUCGAUAUAGAACUUGCAUACAUUAUAUAUUAUGAAACCAUACGAUUGUAUAAAUAAUUUAAUUGUAAUUAGAUCUUAAGAAUUUCAUAAACCCAAAACGUUUUUGUAAGUAUGCAAUUAAUAUUUGUAAUGUUUUGUAAUAAAUAUGGUAAUGAAGAGAAAA